GGACAUUUUAUACCACGAUAAGAUAGGUUAUCAUUCAAUAUUGUGUUUUCCCCACUUCUGGGUUUUCCAAAGCUUAUUCAGUGUGUUAUCAUGCUCGGGGAAACCCCCUUUACUUUGAUAAUGAAAAGUGUUUUACUAUUCGCUGUAUUUAAUUAGUGAAAUGUUCAAUUUUUACACUUUACAGAGUGAAGCAAAAUAAGACCAAGUGAAAUGCUUAUUGUGGCAAAUGCAAAAAUAUAUUACAUAAAGACUUUCAUGUCAAUUUUAAUUUUCAAGUUUACACUCAUAUUCAGAGUGCUGCUUCGUAGCUCAACGAUCUACUUCAUACAGUACACAUCGAGGUCAUGCUGUUCAAUAUGCAAGUUUUUCGAUUUUCGCAACAUUAUGCACGUGUAUAUUAUGAAGGCGGCGGGAAAAUACCAGUGUCGUAGUUGCCGCGGGGCGCCAUGCUAUUGAUUUAGGAUUUUCUUGUAACUGUUGUUUUGAAGAUAGUUACGCGCAUAAAAUUAGAAUUUAUAUUAAAAUCGUAAAAUUUAGGAACAAUUCUAUAAAGUUUCACGUUAAUAUUGUUAUCUGUUCAUGCCCUGAAAAUAGUCUGUUAUAUGGUUACGUAGCUCUUCAUGUAGCUCCGCCCAUUGUGGGAUUUUCCCGUAUCCCCUCCACCGACAGCGGCAAACUGUACGGAGACGUACAUGGCGAUAGUCGAAAGGUCGUGCUGAAUCUCGAAGGUCGUGGUGAACAUACACGGAACCUAUUCGAGAUUUCAGUGUCUGUGAAAGCCAGUGGCAGGUUAUGAAUUUCACGUGGAGGUGUUAGUAUGUUCCAGUUCGUGAGCGGAGCAUGAGUGACACAGCCGUCAUCUUUCUACAGCCCUAAGUCAUUGGAAUCAGAAGUUAAACAAGCUGCUUAAUUUGUGUUAACCUACUUUCGUUUUACAUGUGUGCAUGCUUGAGUGAUAUUUUAUCAACGAAGAAAUAACUACCGAUCAUUCGUUCAUCAGUGCAGUGCGCGAGGGGAACUAACUGUUAUAAACGACUCGUUACAUGAAGUUCAUCUAAUCUGGAUGUUUUAUUGUGCUUGUGCGAGUGACGAUGUGGCAUCAACAGCAUCCUGCCACUGGCCAUAUUGACGAUGUUAACUUGGUUUCAGAUUGUGCAUCUGGCCAGCAAACUACUACAGCCAGAUACUCGCAUGGAGUACCCACACAUUCUGGAAGUGCAUAUGGGGACCACAGCUGGAUACAUGGAAGGGAUUCACAAGACAUUGCCGUGAACAGAGAACUUCCAUCGCAGUCUUGUGUGAAGGGUUAUUCUGAUAGUGGUAGUAAUUUUUACGAUUCCUCGCGAACAGAUUCUGGGUUCCUGUCGGGAGCGAAUAUAGUGUCUGAACAGUGUAUUUCCGAAGAAAUUACCUGCUCUGGGAAGUCGCGGGACUUAUCACACCAAGAAUCACAACCAGAAGAGAAAGAAGGAUAUAAAGAUGACAUGAGGCUAGACAGUGGUGUAGAUGUUGGACUGUCUGAUAAUUUUAAAACCUUGUCAAUAAAUAAUACUUAUUUGAACGACCUAAAUGCUACUCCAAGUCAGUCAUCCAGCGUAGUAGAUAAUGCAGUGCUAUUUACAAACAUUGUUGAUCCUCAAACUACAAAGCAGACUUCCACAUUGAAACCUUCAUCUCCUGAGCAAACGCCAUCAAAUGUACCACCUAUAUGGGAAUUGUACUUCCAACAGGAUGAAGACGGGGAUACACAAUUGCAUAUAGCAAUUAUUCAGGGUUUUAUAGAGGUUGUGUACAGUUUAAUCAACAUAGCUCCUCAUCCUUGUUUUCUGGAUAUACAGAACGAGAAUUAUCAGACACCGUUACAUCUUGGUGUACUCACUCAUCAACCAAAGAUUGUUCGGAGUUUAUUGGUAGCAGGUGCUUCUGUGGAUAUGAAGGAUCGUAAUGGAAACACACCAUUACACAUGGCAUGUCAUCUAGGUGAUAUGGAAUGUGUUAAAGCUCUUACUGAACCUGUAACCAUUUCGGAAACAGACAGUGCAAAUCUGCAAUAUACAGUUUACCCACAGCAGCUCCCUCAGAAUCUGGAAGAAGUUAAUUAUGAUGGUCAAACGUGUGUGCACCUGGCUGCCUUGAGUAGCCACGUCGAUGUUCUGCGCCACCUCCUAUGGUUCGGAGCGAACGUGAACGCUAGGGAAGGAAAAAGUGGUCGCACAGUUCUUCAUUAUGCGGUUGAGCUUGGCCUCAGUAGAGUGUUACAUUUUCUCCUGGAGGAGUGUUCUGUGCAACUGGAGGCAUCCACGUACGCUGGGCACACUGCAUACCAGCUAGCAGCAUGUAUAGACUCUGCUUUGGCGCAUCAACUUUCAGAACAUGGAGCCCUUUGCAAAAACCUGCCUGAUGACUCCGAUUCUGAUUCUGACUAUAGUGAUGAUGAUGAUGGUAAUGAAAAUGAGGUGAGGACAAGACAAGUUUGAAUUGGUGUGCCUCUGCUUGAACUGUUAGGAUUUUCAUAUUGAAAUUAAAUUUAAUUGUGUGAUGUGUGUGUUUGUAUGUUCUUAACUCAAUUGCAUCAAGCUGUUAUGUUGUCCUCUGAAAAAUCUGUUGCUGUUAAAUGCAAAGCUGGAAGUCCACAAAAUACUUUUGAGAAUCUCAACAGGAAUAAAAGUGACCAACUUUUAUUAUUUCUCACCCGGCAGAUGUACCAGAAAUCGUCUGAUGAUAAUUUUAGCAGUCUCAGAAUCAACGGGCAGCCUAUCAACAUCAGCGCAUAACUGCAAAACUGUCAACGGUGCAAGAAUGAUGGGAGAAUGGUGAACAUUCUGUGGGUUAACUCUGCUGUAGUGAAAAGUACUUAAGGUUGCUGUUAUAGUGCCAUAACCUUGUGCAUAAAUGAAGAAAAUUGAAGCAAAUUGAAAAGGCAUCCUCUGCCAGGUGUCCUGCAAUGGUACAAAUAUUCUGUUCUUUGAUGGACUACCAUAAUGCAAUUGAGAAUGUUAAUUAUAUUGAUGUUGAAUAAUAAUGGGUGCCUUGAAAGUAUUUGUUUGAAUAAUAUGAAUUCCAUCUAUGUUGUUGUUAUACCCCCCUGUCAGUCUUCAGUGCAGACUCGCAGGUGGUGUGAGAAAAGUAAAAUGUUAAAGACUAUUGUUUGUUUCUGUUGUAUGUAUCUCUAUAUCGCUUUCUCCAGUGCCUAUUUAUGAUGUUCAGACCUGUCACUGGCAGUGAUAGUUCAGCGUGUUCCUCCAAACCUGACUACCUCUCUUCUUCCUUGACCGAGUUGCAAGGUAGCUUGCAGAUUAUCAUUUGGAGAUGUACCGACUAGUAUCCUCAAAGUUGGCUUGAUAUGGGAUGUAGGGUAUGAGAAGCAUUCAGAUAUCUAGUCCAUGGAAGGAAUAAUUCAGUAAAUUAUUCAGCUAAUAGUUUGGCAGGUGCAUAGGCUACAAAGUGUUGUAGUUUGUUACAAUAAAUAUCAAAUGUGUAGUUCUGUUGGGAUGAGUCAAUUAAUUAAAAGGCGGUAUUGUAAUUGUGGCAUGCUGAAAGAUAACAAACUUUUAAAAUGCUGUGCCACACUAUCACUGCCAUUGAAAUUAUUCAGAUUGACUUGUAAAUUAGGUGUACAAUCCAAACUGUUACUGAUAUAGUACUGUUUGUAGUUAUGUCUUAUUGGUAUCUUACUGAUGACUUCCUGUCCCCACUAUGGCUUGAUAUUUAUAGACCAUUAUGAUGGCCAGGCUUAUUUAAUUACCCUAUUUGAUGUCCCAAGUUUUGCAUAUCAUGUAAAAAAUAUUGAUGUGAAUACUAGAAAUCAGUAUAUCUUGAUCCAGAAUUGUACCUGCAUUGUUGAAUUGCAUUCAUUUUGUGUGGUGGAGUUCCCUAAGGUGACCUCUUAAUUUCUUUUAUUUUUUUAUCUGAAUGGUUAUUUAUUAUCAAACAAGAUAGUGCCUUUGAAAGACAGAUCACCUUGGUAUGUGUGGAGCAAGGGACAAACAACUCUUGUAAUAUGAUUCAAAGUAAACUAUGGGCUCAAUGAUUUAUCUCCAUGUGAACUAGAGUGAUCUAUUGUAAACUGCAGCGAGCACUUGUGUACCUAAUUUUGGAGUGCAUCAUGAAGUCCAAAGUGACUAUAAUAUAAACAUUGCAAAAGCUAUUUAAGUGUGUAUAAAGUAAUGGAAUUUCUGAAUAAUUUCAGUUUUGCCAGCCUUAAUGUGUAUUUUUAUUUUUAAUUGUAAAUAUUAUUGUAAGUAAAACUAUUUUUAGUAACAAAUCUAUGUGCAUGAAAUAAAUGCAAUGAAAAUCAAA